AUGCGGCUCGACCGAGUACUCAGCUCAGGUCUGGAGACCUGGUGGUUCAUUGCAACGACCUUGAUUAAGGCCAGUUCCGGCGCUGUUCUCGGAGAGAGCAUGGAUCUGGGAAUGGGAGCUCAUGGUGUCAACCUAGCAAACGAUGUCUCUACACAAAGACCUGACACCAAUGCGGUUACUCGCAAUAUCACGCCGACCACUGUGGAUUUCCCUAUCUGUACCGACCUUAAAGGUCCACUUGCUCCAUUCUGCCUUCCAGAAGAUGGCGCGAAUGUCACGGUUGACGCAACAUACUAUGUCACUUGGAAUGCCGAUUUUUACCCUCUCAAUACAACGAUCACUAUUGAAAUGAGGUAUGCGAACUCUACCCAGGGAGAUUCAGCCUAUACUUCCGAGCGGACCGACAACAGCUACGGCUACUUACCUUUGCACAUGCAAAAGGAGUGGCUUCAAGGAAAGCAUUACAAUGUCCUGACCCUUUACAUUAUUGAGCUGGAUCCUACAUCUGGCAAUCGAGCGAGUGCUCGACAAGGGCCGACAGUGGUACUCCAUCCAAGACCAGUUGAACACUACAAGCCUCCUCCUCAGAUACCCUUCAACAAAAAGGCCUUGUACGUCGGGCUUCCUGUGAGCUUAGGGGUCGUUAUAGCAGUUGUCGCUGGUUUGUUUUUCGGUAUGCGACGAAGCAGGAGUAUUGGACUCAAAGGUGUGGGUGCUCGAUGCAAAGGCUAUGGAAUCGGAAAAUCCAAGAGCCAGCGCAUUGGGAACAAGAGAUCCCUUCAUACUACCGAUUCGCUGUCCGCAAUGAAUAAAUACGCAGACAGCUUCGAUGAAGACUGUUCAGGGUUCGCGGGACCCGAGAAGUAUGAUGGGCUUGACCACAGCGCCAGCUUUGCCUGCAGACAGGAGGUGUCAAGGUUGAAGACAUGGAGCAGCUAA